UCUCGAUAAAUACCUUUCCUACACACAAACCUACUCUACAUCAGCUACAACAGACGAUUCUCACCCACAACAAUGAAGCGUAUAAAGCUGGGAAAGAAGAUAGGUCAUCACGGAGGACAAGCAGAGACAUUCAACGCCAAGUAUGGGAUAGAGAAUGUGGUGGUCAAGAGGUUCCUGGACCCCAAACAAGAGGAUUGCAGACGUGAGGUGGAUAUCGUCAGGCGAGUGCGCAACAAAUACAUCAUCCAGUUCUACGGUGUGCAGGAUGACAUCCUCAUCAUGGAGUGCCUCGAGGGCGGCAGUCUAACACACGCCAUUCUAAGCGGUGCUAUCUCGGACUGGAAACACAAGAUGCUGAUCGCGAAGCAGGUCUCGUUGGGUCUAGCCCACCUCCACAGCCUAGAUAUCAUCCACUGCGACAUCAGGAGCAACAUCGUCCUCCUCGAUAAGUACGGAGAUGCCAAGAUAGGCGACCUUGGACAAGCGCGCAUGGUUGGUCAGGGUUGCAAUGGUUUCGCGCUUCCAUGGAUGGCGCCCGAGCUGUUCAAGAACCCGCCCCAGAUCUCGCCUAAGUCUGACGUCUAUUCUCUAGGGGUGGUCAUGUGGCAGAUGGCUGCCGGGAGCGAGCAGCCGUACGAAGCACACACUCCAGAUGGCAUAACAAUGUGCAUUAUGGAGGGCUAUAACGAGGAGAUCCCAGAGGACACACCCGAGGAGUAUGCAGCCUGCAUCCGUAAUUGCUGGAAGCAGGAGCCGAAGGAGAGGCCAGCAGCAGAGGAUGUACUACCGAAUGUGCAUGAUACACUACAGGGCAACGACUCAGAUGUCGUCAAGCUUCCGCAAGAGGAUGAGGAUGAAGAUCUGGGGUAUCUGAUGAAUGGCGUUAGGCAAGGCUACCGGAAUGCAUACUACCUACUGGGAAUGAUGUACUUUAAUGGCAAAAUCGUGUCCGAAGGCGACACAAAGGCCGAGGAGUACAUUCUAACGGACGGCAAGUUUAGAAAAGAGGACGCUAAACGCGAUCUCAGUCACAUAUACAAUGAGGGCCGUGGCACGGAACAGAACUAUGCCAAGGCUCUGGAAUGGUACCUCAAGGCCAGCGAUGCUGGAGACCCAGAUGCCAAGUUUAACAUCGGUCACAUGUAUCACCGUGGUCUCGGCGUAGAGCAGGAUUAUGGCAAGGCUAUGGAAUGGUAUCUCAAAGCAAGCGAUGCUGGUGUGGCAGAUGCCAAGUACAAUAUCGGCAAUAUGUAUGACGACGGUCUCGGUAUCGAGCAGGACUACACCAAGGCUCUAGAAUGGUUCCUCAAAGCAAGCGACGAUGGAGUGGCGACGGCUAUGUACAACAUCGGUCUCAUGUACCUUAAUGGUCGAGGCAUGGAACAGGACUACACCAAGGCCAUGGAAUGGUUUCUCAAGGCGAUCGAUGCUGGGGUUACAGCGGCUACGUACAACAUCGGUCUCAUGUACCUCAAUGGUCGGGGCGUGGAACAGGACUACACCAAGGCCAUGGAGUGGUUUCUUAAGGCAAGCGUUACUGGAGCGACAGCGCCUACGUACAACAUCGGUCUCAUGUAUCUCAAUGGCGAUGGCAUUGAGCAGGACUACACUAAGGCUAUGGACUGGUUUUUCAAGGCAAGCGAUGGUGGAUCGGUAGACGCCAAGUACAAUAUCGGCCUCAUGUACCGCCAUGGCCUUGGCGUGGAGCAGGACUAUGCUAAGGCCAUGGAGUGGUAUCUUAAGGCAGGUGAUGCUGGGGACCCAGAUGCCACGUCCAACAUUGGCUAUAUGUACCACAAAGGCCUCGGCGUAGGACAGGACUAUGCCAAGGCUCUGAAGUGGUACCUCAGAGCCAGCGAUGCUGGAGAUCCAGACGCUACGUACAACGUCGGUCACAUAUACUACCAUGGUCUCGGUGUGGAGCAGGACUAUGCUGUGGCGAUGGAGUGGUAUUCCAAGGCAAUGGAUCGUGGCUCGACGAUAGCCAAGGACGUGGUCGACUACUUGCAUCAACAUGGCCAUGAUGAGGAGGAUUACCUCAGGGUUAAAGAGUGGUAAUUCGGCGCAAGUGAUACACGAGACUGAGGCGCCAAUUACAGCGUUGAAUAAAUGUAUCGGUAGUUGUUGAAUGGUAG